UACAACUCUCCCCCAUCUUAUUCCAUUCUUUCCUAUUCACGUCUGGUUAAUUACACGAUCAACAAUGGCGCACGCGGCCCCCGUUGAUAUCUUCAAUGGUAAUGGCAUCGCCUUGGGAGCUCCGUCUCCUAAGAAAGUUGCUUAUUUUUAUGAUUCCGACAUUGGUAAUUUUGCCUACGUCUCGGGCCACCCCAUGAAACCUCAUCGCAUCCGCUUGGCACACAGCUUGAUUAUGAACUAUGGCGUCUAUAAGAAAAUGGAAAUCUACCGUGCGAAACCUGCGACGCGACUCGAGAUGACCCAGUUCCACACAGACGAGUAUAUCGAUUUCUUGCAGCGAGUUACCCCCGAGAAUAUGGACAAUUUCCAACGAGAGCAAGGCAAAUACAACGUUGGAGACGACUGCCCCGUAUUCGAUGGCCUAUUCGAAUUUUGUGGAAUAAGUGCUGGUGGUAGUAUGGAGGGUGCUGCCCGGCUUAACCGACAGAAGUGUGAUAUCGCUGUCAACUGGGCAGGUGGCCUCCAUCACGCCAAGAAGUCGGAGGCUAGUGGCUUCUGCUAUGUAAAUGAUAUCGUUCUCGGAAUCCUCGAACUCUUACGAUUUAACAAGCGUGUCUUAUACGUUGAUAUCGAUGUACACCAUGGAGAUGGUGUCGAGGAAGCAUUUUAUACCACCGACAGAGUCAUGACUGUGUCUUUCCACAAGUACGGCGAAUAUUUCCCUGGUACGGGCGAGCUUAGAGAUAUCGGCAUUGGCCAGGGCCGUUACUACGCCACUAAUUUCCCUCUUCGCGAUGGUAUAGAUGACGCCUCGUAUAAGUCCAUUUUCGAGCCAGUCAUAUCAGCCGUCAUGGAAUAUUAUAACCCGGAUGCCGUUGUUCUACAAUGUGGCGGAGACAGCUUGUCCGGUGACCGUCUCGGUUGUUUCAACUUGAGCAUGGAUGGACAUGCGAAUUGUGUGAAGUUUGUGAAAAGCUUCAACCGUCCAACUCUAGUCCUUGGUGGCGGUGGCUACACGAUGCGUAACGUCGCCCGUACUUGGGCCUUCGAGACGGGUCUGCUUGUUGAUGCGCAUAUGGAUCGAACCUUACCAUUUAAUGAAUAUUACGAUUAUUAUGGGCCCGACUACUCGCUCGACGUUCGCGCUUCUAAUAUGGAAAACGCGAAUAGCCCCGAAUACCUAGAGAAGAUCAAAAACCAGUUGAUCGACAAUCUGCGACGCACCGCACAUGCCCCCUCCGUUCAGAUGCAGGAUGUGCCCCGUCAUUCCAUGGGAGCAAUAUCUGACGAGGAAGAAGCGGAGCUUGAUGACCUCGACGAGGAUGAGAACAAAGAUGUUCGUAUGAGCCAACGCCAAUGGGAACAACGCAUAGAAAGGGAUAACGAAUACGAGGAAAGCGACAAUGAGGAGUUAGAGAAGGCCAAUGGAGUUCUUAGAAACGGCAGCACGAGACGACAAUUUACCGACUAUCGCAAUUCAGACGUUGAAACCGAUAGCGGCGCCGCGACGCCUAAAACUGCUAACGGCUCCGUGGAGCACGUCAUGAAAUCCAAGGAGACGGACGACAUCGUCAUGGAAGAUAUAACAGAUAAAGAACCAGAGGUUGAGGCGAAUACUCGCGACAAUUCCCAGCCUCAGGAGAAGGAUGCUGAACACGGAGACAGUGCUGCUAACAACACCGACCAAGAAGAAGCAUCAAAAGAAGCCGAGGGGGUUGCUAAGUCCGAUAAAGAGGGUAGCGAAAGCGAAAAGACAGCCGCCGCCGAAAAUGAAUCCGCGACCGAAAAGGUAGAGGAACCCAAGGAGGUUGACGAGGCAAUGCAGGAUGUCGACGAAAGCAAAGCACCAGAAGAAGAGGCUGAAAAGGUUGAAAAGGCUGAAAAGGCACCCAGCGCGGUGCCAGAGGCCAAAGACACAGCAGAAGCUGAAAAGGUUGACCAGGAUGGUGACGUUGAUAUGGACGACCCAGUUGCCACCGCCCCAGAGCCCGAAGAAGAAGGUGAAGCAGACGCCAAGGACCAGCCCGCAGAAAAGACUGAUGCUAAAUCGCCAAGUCCUGCAGACUCUGCUAUCAAAGACAAAGACAAGGAAAAGGAAAAGGAAAAGGACGAUGCGAGCUCCUAAGAAGAUCCAAACACUAAUUUUGAUACCCACGGCGUUUUGAAUCUUCGCCUUUCCGAGUUUUUCUUAAAGCAGACAGUUGUACGGGAGAUGAACGGGACGGAAUAAGGGGCG